AUGCUGAGGCUGAUAUAUUUUCCGAUGCUGCUCCUUAUUAUCCUGGUGUCUCAAGGAUCUGUUGCGAAAUCAGAGGAAAAUGGGCGAUCCACUUGCCUGUUGCAGGACCCACAGAAUCAGUGUGGCGACUUCUGCCUUAGCAAGAUCAAUCCGAUUAUUGAGUUGGUUCCCGAGACCAAUUCCAAGUUGGAAAGAAUCCACGGCGAGCAGCAGUCCAUCCAGAUGAAGCUCCUGGCAGUUCAGUCCAAGUUGGAGAUUUCUAUGCAAAGCAAGCUGGAUGCCCAACUUCUGGCGGUUCAGAAAAAGCUAGAGGACCAAAAUACUGCCCUUUUUAAAUCCUUUGAGGAGAGAUUCGAGACCAAAGUAGAGGCCCAACUAAAGGAGCUUCAAAACAAAGCUGAAAACCAACUUAUGGCGCUGGCGAACCAACUAUCGGCCUUACAGAAAACCCUUUUCGAAACCCUUUCCACAAUCAAUUCCAAGAUCAUCCCUCCAAAGUUCGAGCUAAUUGGCUCUAGACAUUUUUAUAUCGAAAAUAAUAUUGUGCAAUCCUGGGAUAAGGCUGCAGAAACAUGUCGUGCAAUGGGCGGCUAUUUGGCGGCUUUCAAAACCCAAGAGGAACUCGCGGCCAUAAUGCCGAAACUUGAUAGUCUGAGCUGGUACUGGACUGGCAUCAAGCAUUUGAAGGAAGAUGGCACGUUCAUAUCCACGGCCUCCGGAAAGCCUGCAACCAUUUUUAGGUGGAAGAAGGGAGAGCCCAACAAUAGCGGUGCAUGCGUUGAGCUGGAUAAAUGGGGCAUGCGUGAUAUCCGUUGUAGCUUUGGACGUUAUUUUAUUUGCCAAUUAGAUAAUGAAACCUAA